AUGUGGAAAAAGUACGACCCAGUAACCACUGAAGCUCCAAACUCCGAUGCAGAAUUUGAUGAGCUUGCUACAUCUCUCGGAUUUCACAUAACUUUCAGUGUGGAUAAUUCGCAAGGUGAUCGAGAGUCAAUGGAAGAUUUCUAUAGAAUUUCUUAUCAAAAAACAGAAGACGGAAAAGGAUUAAAAUACCUUUACUUGGCUAUUUUUGAUGGGCAUUCAGGUCCGGAAGCAGCUAAAUUUGCCAAGGAACAUUUGCUCAAGCUUAUAGUCGGUUUGCCAUAUUUUUGGUCACCCAAAGAUAUUGAUGUACUUCGUGCGAUUAGAGAUGGCUUCCUGAGGUUGCAGUCAGAAAUGUCGAUGGCACGUUCCAGCUGGCCAACACAAAAUGGUUUUCGAUGCAGAGCUGGCACAACAGCUUCUGUGUUAUUUGUUCAUAAUAAAAAAGUUUACAUAGCACACGUUGGAGACUCUUCUUUGGUAAUGGGGUACUAUGACACCACCAAAUUGCGUUGGUUGAGUAAAAGACUAACAGUUGAUCACACGCCAGAUAAACCUUCAGAAAAAACGCGUAUCGAGAGAGGAGGUGGAAAGGUUAUCGUAUAUGAUGGCGUUCCACGCAUCUUAUUCAAACGUGAAUCUCUCAUUAGCGUGAACAAUGUGACACGCAGAGCUAUUGUAGAAACGCCACUAAUAGCAGUGGCACGAGCACUCGGCGACUUAUGGAGUUAUUCGAGACUAAGUAAAGAGUAUAUUGUUAGUCCAGUACCAGAUCUAACCAUUGAGGAGGUAAAUAAAUAUACUGAUUCCUUUAUUAUCAUGGGAUCUGAUGGACUUUGGAAUAGAAUAAAUAGUGUAGGUGCUGUUAAUGUUGUACAAAAUACAGUAAAGAGUGGACAUAAAUCACUGUCUUCAAAAGUUCUUCUUAGACAAAUUUACCAGCCAUGGGUUGAUAUUGAAUCACAUGCGGACAACAUUACAAUCAUAACAUUGGUCAUUGAAACAUUGGAACCUAGAUAA